AUGAACGGUUGCGUCAUCAAAGGCACGCCAAUUGCAGUGGACUUCUGGAGGCCGACCAAAGCACCGGAGGCUCGGCUCUUUUUCCUCACUCACCUUCACAGAGAUCACACGCUGGGUCUCUCUUCAACAUGGCGACUUCCGAUCUACACCUCCCCAAUCAAUGCCUUACUUUUACUGCACAAAUUCGAGAGUAUAAUUCGAGAAUUAGAGGUGGGAGAAACGUACUUGUUGCCUCUUGAUCCUGAAGGAGACUACACUAUGAGUGUUACACCCAUUGAUGCAAAUCAUGUACCGGGAGCUGUCAUGUUUCUCUUCCAGGGUUACUUCGGCAAUAUACUGUAUAGUGGUGACAUGCGUUGGUAUCCAGAACUUGUAGAACAUCCUGUACUGAAGCAUUUGAUAGAAGCAAGAGAACUGGAUGUACUCUACUUGGACAAUACGUUCUCAGCACCCUUUUGCAGAUUCCCAUCCAGGGAAGAAGCCAAAAAGCAGCUCUUUGAUAUUAUUGAGUAUGUGUCAAAAAUCCCUUUCUCUCACACUAAGUACCAAAAUGGAGGAAAGUUUUUCCAGUAUAUUAUAUCAAGUUACAUCAGGUGA